AUUGACCAUCUGAGCUGUAUAUAUACGCUGCAGCCAAAAGAGAAUCCAAAGCCCUCGAGCCCUCUUUCUCUCUGCCUUGUGCUUCUGCCUGCAGCACCAGCAGGAGAGAAGAAAGAGCAGCCUGAUCUCUACUUGUCCGAUAUCAAUAAUCAGAUCUUUCCUUCCUUGCAAUUAUUGCCACCUCAGUGGCUCCGUCUCUCUUUUUCUUCCAUUUUUCGGUCUCAAUCUAUCGCCAAGAAGCCAUGGACGAAAGAAUCCCACCUCCUGCUUACUUCCAGUACUCCCCUUCUGGUGUCCACUCAUCUCCUUCCCCUCACCACUCCAUGAGGUCUCCGGCCACCUCCGACAGGGAAAGGUAUUUAGCUGAACUUUUCGCUGAGAGGCAGAAACUGGGGCCAUUUCUGCAAGUAUUGCCAUUUUGUUACAGGCUUCUAAACCAUGAAAUUGUGCGGGCUUCUGGUCUUGCACCUAACCAAACCUUUGUUGAGCAUGAGAGAAUUGAGCCUUUCUCUCCAUUAAGGUUAACUGGGCACCCACCUAUUGGUGGACCCAUGGAUCUGGAGGGGCGAUCAGGGAUGCACACAGAGGAAAAUGAAUACUUUCAAAGGAUUGGGGUCCUUCAAUCAUCAACUUCCGGGUGGAACGGAACUCCUGGAGUUACUACGAGCCCUGUUGUGAAGAAAGUCAUCAGACUAGAUGUUCCUGUCGACAAGUAUCCUAACUACAACUUUGUUGGCCGUCUAUUGGGACCACGAGGGAACUCCUUGAAAAGAGUUGAAGCUUCAACUCAAUGUAGAGUUUAUAUACGUGGCCAGGGUUCAGUGAAAGAUUCUGUAAAGGAAGAAAAACUUAGAGAUAAACCUGGAUAUGAACACCUUAACGAGCCACUGCAUGUACUCGUUGAGGCAGAGUUUACAGCAGACAUAAUUGAUGCUCGUAUAAAUCAAGCUGUCGCCAUAUUAGAAGAUCUUCUGAAGCCCGUGGAGGAAUCUGUGGAUUACUACAAGAAGCAACAACUGAGGGAAUUAGCUAUACUGAAUGGCAGCUUGAGAGAAGAGAGCCCUCAUAUGAGUCCCAGUGCAUCCCCGUUCAACAGCACCAGCAUGAAACGAGCAAAAACAGGGCGUUGAUCCGUGAUCUUUUGGCAGCAUCAAUUCAAUCUUGGCCAGCUGAGAAUUUUCUGAUACACAUGGCUACUAGUUGAUGAUGUUGGGAUCAUUAGCAGGGUUGUGGAACCAGCCAGAUGAUCUCUAAUCAGUUCUUCAGAUUGGUCAUAUCCUUGGAUAGAAAUGCAUCAGUGGAGAGAAUUUCCUUGACUUCAGCGGCAACGUUGCUCUUGAAUUUGUUUGAUUGCUUAUUCUUUGUGCACUUGGGUUCUUUAACCAAAGUUACAAGCAUCAGAAAACUUAAUGGUGUGAGCUGUCUUACAACUCUUGGUAGUGAUGUAUGUGUUUGUUGUUGUAAUCAUUUACAGGUUGGACUAAAUGACCAAUGAUAUAGUUAUAAUAUAAUCUGUUCAGUUCACCUUUCUA